AUAGUAUGCGUAUUUGGCGUGCUGUCCCGGGGAGAGGGCUCCGAGCUUGGUAGUUCCUCCGAACUCGGAUCGCCCGCCCCUUGUCUGGGGAGAGGGCCCCGGGCCUGGUAUGUGCCCAGACCCAGGUCGUUCCCCCCCAGUUAUGCUGCGGUAAAAACGGGCUGAUGGUGAGGAGUUGGGGUGGAGGAAAGAUGCUGCGAAAAUGUAGAGAGAAUCAGGGUAAGGCGUCUUGUCUAUUUGUAGGGGGGGGUGUUUCCCGAGCUAAAAGGAUGAUUGGUGAGAUUGGUUAUAGGAAACCAGUCGGGUUAGUUAUCGGCACAUGCUCCUCCCCAACUUUGUUAAUAAAACAUCAUUUAACAUGUCAUUAUGAUGAUGUGAUGUUUUCAUCUCAAAUAUUUUUGGUCACAAUAUUCAUACUAAUAGCAAUAUGGUUUGAUGUAUGGAUGUAGAGGAAAUGCAGAGGGAGAUUGAUCAAGUUAUCGGACGGGAAAGAAUCCCAACAAUGGAAGACAGGAAGUCCCUCCCCUUCACGGACGCUGUGAUUCAUGAAGUUCAGCGAUAUAUGGACAUUGUCCCACUCAGUGUUCCUCAUUACGCCACACGUGACAUCUCAUUCCGAGGUUACGUGAUUCCAAAGGACACAGUGAUCAUUCCCCUGUUGCACUCUGUCCUGAGGGAUGAGGGACACUGGGAGAGCCCUUGGACAUUUAACCCCAACCACUUCCUGGACGCCAAUGGCAACUUUAAAAAGUGUCCAGCCUUUAUGCCCUUUUCUGCAGGUAAACGCUCUUGUGUUGGAGAAUCUCUGGCUCGUAUGGAGCUAUUUCUGUUCAUCGUGUCUCUACUUCAGAAGUUUAGCUUCACUAGUCCAACGGGUCCAGAUAGCGUAGACCUCAGUCCUGAACUCAGCAGUUUCGCCAACAUGCCUCGAUACUAUCAGCUCAUUGCCUCCCCCCGCUGAUCGACGUGGACACGGGGACCUCUCU